UUUAUAUCUAAAGAAGUAUUGUGAAAAUAAAUGUGUUAUUUUUAUUAUGUUGCCACAGUGACUAACUAUUAACUUUAAUAAACUUCAUUGAAAAAAUUAAAAAAUAAAAACUUAGAAUUUUCAUUAAAUAUUUAUCAUGGAAGUUAAUUCAACACAUGAAAUAUAUCAUAAAGAACUUGAACGUAUUUGUGAAAAGCAUAGAACUGAACUAGAUGAAAUUGAAAAAAGACAUCGUGAUGAAAUAAAACGAAUAUUUACAGAAAAUAACAUAGAAAUUUCUAAAUUGAAACAAAAUCUUAGAUCGGAAUAUCAAAAAGAAUUGGAAAAGAUAAAAGAAAUUCAUGAACAGGAAAUUGAAGAACUUAGAAAUCAAUUUGAAAGUCACCUAAAUGGUUUAAAAGAUUGUGACCUAGAUAUGUUAACUAAACGUAUUGAAGAAGAUAUUACAAAAACACAAGCUAAACACAAAAAAAUUGUUUCAUAUUUGAUUAAUGAAAUAAACAAAUUAAAAAAAGAGUUAAAUAAACAAAAGUUUGAUUAUGAACAAUUAUUAAUAAAAUAUUUAAAAUUUGAGCACAAAAAUGACAAAAUGGAAAUACAGCCCGACAGUAAAGUGUCUUCUAUUAGUUCUAAUAAAAUAUGCAAUGGCAUUAUUGAAAAUGAAAAUUUAAUAUCAUUAUAUCAAAAAGUUCAAGAAAUAAUCAAAAAUUGUGAAAAUUUGACACCAUUCCAGUCUGUCCUUGAACAAUAUUUCACCAAGUGUGUCAAAACGAUAGCUGAAUUAAAAAAGGAAAAAGAUCUAAUUCAACAAGAUAUGCUACAAGAACCUAAUCGGUUAAGAAGCUUAUUUGAAGAACAGAAUCAAACUGAUACUUCUGAAUUUAUUGAUACUGAAAUAAUUAUCAAUAAUAUAAGAAUACAACUUAAAGAUUUAGAGAAAUCAAUUUCUAAACGUAUAAAAGAACUAGACUCAUACUGGGUGACUGAUGAAUAUAAUUCGCCUGCUUCUGAAGAUAUAUCUGUCGCUGAACGAUGUGAAUUACGCAAUAAUAUCAGCUUAGAAAAAAAUAGUUCUCCAAAUCGGAUAGUUGCCUCAUUAGAUGAUGUUUUUAUGAGAAUACAAGAACGUUUAAACAGACUUUUCAAAUCUGAAGAAGCUAUUUUAAAACACGAAUCUGAUCAAAAUUUAUCAACUAAGCAGCUUAACAAACAAAUAAAAGAUUUAGAAUCUGAAGUAAAUAUUCUGAGAACUAGAUUAGCAGAAAAAAAUGAUCAAUUAACAACUGCUAAAAUGAAAAUUGAUGAUCUAAGAUUAAUUAAAAAUAGUGAUGUAGAUUCAGCCACUUCAUUAUUACACGAUACUAUAGCUAAAUUAACAGCAGAACAUAAGCAAUGUACAUUAGCAAUAGAAGAUAAAAAUAAUGAGAUCACUAAAUUAAAUGAUUUGACAAACCAUCUUAAAAAUAUGCUUUCAACUUAUGAAUCCAAACUGGUAGAAAAAGAAAACAUUGAUCCAAAUACAAUAAAAAGCUUAGAGUCAAAAGUUGUAAAACUUGUUGAAGAAAAUAUGAACUUACAGGAUGAUAUGAAAUUACUUUUAACCAAUACUAAAAUGGAACUAGAAGAAAAAAAUGCUGUAAUAAAAGUGAUGGAAAAAGAUACUGAAUUUAUGGAAAAUCGGAUUAAAACUUUGGAAGAAGACAUUAAAUUAUUAUACUCAGACAAGACCUCAUUAGAGCAACAUAUUGAAAGCUUAAAAGAAAAUAAAAAUGUGUUAACUAAUAAAUUGUAUAAUGCAUUGUCAGAAAUUGAAAAAAAACAAGAAACAUUAAAGGAACUUGAAACUUUAGGUGUAAAAUUAAGAGCUGAAAUUCAGCCAUUAGAAUAUAUGAAAAAUACUUUAGAAAAAAAACUUGAGUCUUUUAAAGAAUAUAAUAAAAUACAGUCUGAAAAAAUUGAGUGUUUAGAAAGUAUCAACAAUGAACUUUUAAAUGAAUAUAAUAUCUUAAAAGAGGACCAAAAAAUUUUGGAACAUACAAAAUCCUUAAAAGAAGAGAAUACUAAUCUAAAAAAUGAAUUGUUAAAAACUGAAAACUUUAAAAUAGAAUUAAGUGAAAAAAUAGAAAAAUUAAAUUAUGAGUAUGAACAACUAAAAAAUGAAAAUGUUAAACUAAAAGAAAAAAUUGAAGAUUUAAAGUUGAACAAUAUACAUGCAAAAAAUGAACUAAAAAAAGUUGAAGAAUUGCAUGAAAAUGAAUUACAAGGUUAUCGUAAUUUACUAGCAGAGGCACAAGAACAAAAACACAAGAUGAAUAUGGACUUUUUAAAACAAAUUGAAGAUUUAACAAGUCACACAGAAGAUCAUAAAUUAUUAAUGGCUCAUUUAAAAAAUAAAGAUUAUGAAAUAACAAAUACAACAUUUUCUGAUCUAGAUUCUGAUAAAACUUCUCCAGAUUUGGUAAAUAAUUCAAUGACAGUACUUGAAAAAAAUCUAGAGUACGAACGUAAAAAAAACAACGAGUUACAACAUGAAAUAGAAGAUAAAGAAAUAGAAAUUAAUUAUCUAAAAAAAUACCAAGAAGAACUGUUUAAAAAAGUACUUGGUGAAAUAAAUCUUAAUGCAGAUUUAAAAAUCAAUAUUAUAAAAAUGGAAAGCUAUAUCAAAGAUUUAGAAAGUAAAAUAAAUGAUGAAAAAACAAAUAAAGAGGAAAAUCACAUUAUUGAGAAAUUGAAUCAACAAUUAAGAUAUGUUAUGAAUAAAUUUAAAAUUUUGGAACAAGAGUUAAGUGAAACUAUUGAUUUAAAUGAAAAAUUAGACAGUGAAUUAAAUAGAAUUUUAGAAAUUAAGGAAGAAAUGGAUCAAAAAUUAGCAGAAGCCUACAGAAAAAUUGAUGAACUUAUAUCUAGUGAAAAUAAGAACAGUGUUUUAAUGAAACAAUUAGAAAGCCAGAAUUUAGCUAUUGGACACUUUAAACAACAAUUAGAAAGUGCAGAAAAAGUUCUAUUAGAUCAAAAGACUCGAGCUGAACAAGAUAAUCAAGUUUUUAAAUUGAAGGUUUUAGAACUUCAAAAACAACAACAAAAUAAACAAAAAUACCAAGAAAUUUCAAAAGACUAUGAAACUUUAAAAUUAAGUGGAAUCCAGGAAACUGAUGUCAAAUUAUAUUUUUAUUAAUAUAAUGUUAUUGGAAAAUGUAUA